AGAAGCAGCAGCAGCUCAGCUCAGCCUGAAGCUGAUUAAGCUGUUUGGGUGCUGUUCCUUGAUAGAUUCUUGUUGCGGAAACGUGCACAGACUGAACCAUGAAGAAUGAAGGUAUAGAAGGUACCGAGAGGUUCGCGAGCCCGGGUAGAGGUAGAGGGCUGCGGGCGGUCAGACACUUCGCUGUGGGAGAACUGGUGUUCGCCUGCCCCGCGUACUCCUACGUGCUAACAGUGAAUGAGAGGGCAGCUCACUGUGAACACUGCUUCAGCAGGAGAGAUGACCUCUUUAAGUGUGGCAAAUGUAAGCAGGCCUACUACUGCAAUGUUGACUGUCAGAGAGGUGAUUGGCCCAUGCAUAAGAUGGAGUGUUUAGCCAUGUGUGCCUACGGGGAAAACUGGUGUCCGUCAGAGACGGUCAGACUGGUAGCCAGAAUCAUCAUCAAACAGAGAGUUACAACAGAGCGCACUCCAUCAGAAAGAGUACUGCUCCUCAGAGAGUUUGAAUCCCAUUUAGAUAAGAUGGACAGUGAAAAGGAGGAGAUGAAUCAGUCAGACAUAGCAGCACUGCACCACUUCUACUCCAAAUACAUCAGCGACCUGCCUGAUGACCAGGCUCUCACUGAGCUCUUUGCACAGGUUAACUGUAAUGGUUUUACCAUAGAGGAUGAGGAACUCUCUCAUCUGGGAUCAGCUGUUUUUCCUGAUGUUGCUCUGAUGAAUCAUAGCUGUAGUCCUAACGUCAUUGUGACCUAUAAUGGCACAGUGGCUGAGGUCAGAGCUGUUCAAGACAUAAAUCCUGGUGAAGAGAUCUUUAACAGUUACAUAGACUUGCUUUAUCCAACGGACGACAGGACAGAGAGGUUGUUGGAUUCCUACUUUUUCAUAUGCCAGUGUACAGAGUGCAUCUCCAAGGCUAAGGACACUGCUAAAAUGGAGAUCAGAAAGCUGAGUUCUCCACCUGAGCCGGAGGAAAUAAAGUCUAUGGUCCGGUACGCCAAGAAUGUCAUUGAAGAGUUUAGGAGAGCCAAACACUACAAGACCCCCAGUGAGCUGCUGGAGAUCUGUGAACUUAGCCAGGAAAAAAUGGGAGCAAUAUUUGCUGACACAAACGUCUACAUGCUGCACAUGAUGUACCAAGCCAUGGGUGUGUGUCUGUACAUGCAGGACUGGGAUGGUGCAAUGAGCUACGGUGAGAAGAUUGUCCAGCCUUACAGUGUGCACUAUCCAGCUUACUCUCUGAAUGUGGCUUCUAUGUAUCUGAAACUGGGACGUCUGUAUUUGGGGCUGGAGAGAAAGUCGCAAGGAGUCAAAGCACUGAAGAAGGCACUUGCCAUCAUGGAAGUGGCUCAUGGGAAAGAUCACCAUUAUGUAGCAGAGGUGAAACGAGAAAUUGAGGAGCAAAAAUAGCAAACUACAGCAUGGAAAAAAAAGAUAAAGAACGAGCCACUGGAAUGAAAAUGGAUUGACUCAUCACAUCUGCAUGGCAUGCAUUUUUGCAUCUGUGGUUCUGCAGUUUUUCUGCCUCUAGGUGAGGCAUCUUUUUCAUGUCUGCCUUCAAGAUGUAUUCUGACUGAGGAUGAUCACAUUUUCUCCUUCCUGUUGGACAUGGACAUUAUAGGCUUACAGUGACAGGAAUUAUUUUUUCACUUCUGAGGCUUAAAGCAUUUGAAUUGGUUAUUUGGUGUGAAAUCAUCAUAGGUUUCUGUGUAAUGAUCAUCAUUAAACACACAUCUGUUUCAAAUGAGAAUUAUGUUCAUGCAAAAAGAAUGUUUUGAUGCUGCAUUUCAAAGAACUACUUAAAAAACAGUAUUGUUGAGUCUGAUGCUUGUUGUUCUGUGGUUUUGACUGAAUCCAUCAGCAGAUCGUAUUUGGCAAUUGCAUUUUUACACUGGCAGUAGUUACUGCUGCAAAACCAUAUUGUUCCACAGCAGUCAUUCAAAGAUUUUUAAAAUCUGUACAAGCUGGGUGGUUGUCAUGGACUCAACUACUACAUAAUUACAGUGCAUCUUAAUUGUAUUGCAUUUGGCAACAAAUUUUCUAGCUUUAUUUUUUUGUUCUUUAAAUUGUGAACUACUGACCAUUCUUCAGAUAUGCUGCAGCAUCAGAGUGAAUGCAAAGAACAAUUCCUGGAAAAAAAAAAUGUAACAGUUUGUUUAGUCUUAAAGUAGUACUGUUUCUGUUUAACAAUAGGAAAAAAAGAGAUGCAUGUUUAUAGCUUUGUCUUUCUUCUUAUGUGGUUUUGCUGAUCAUAAACCAGUUUCUUUUGAAUUACA